UCAGUUGAAAGUGAAUAUUCUGUGAUCUCUGUUGUGCUGUAAUUAUCUUGCUCUGAAAAGACGUUACAAAUUCCAUGCGCACGAUGAAAUUCCUCCAUGCGGUUUGCGGCCUGUUACUGCUAGUUUCGAUCGUCCAAUGCCGGCCGUGUGAGGAUUGCGACGAAGAGGUACCAUUGGCUGCCUCUAAGUUGGACGAUCCAGAUAUCAUAUCGGGGGAGGAUUUGCUACGUAAUGCAGUUCCCACGGUUGAGGACGGGACGAUCCCGCUUCCAGACAACGUGAUAGAUGCCCCCGUUGUUUGCCCACCAGGACAAAAACCUGACCACAAAGGUAAAUGUCGUGAAGUGUGGAGCAGAAAAUCCCCGGCGUAACUUUAGACCAUCGGAUAGCAGAAGAACCUUAUCAAUUCUUUCACGAGACGUUUACAUUUGUUAAGUACAUAUAUUGUCCAGUAAAUGCACUUCCGGAUGCAUCGACCAAGAUAACCUUGAAGUUGUGUUUGACUUAUACUUAUUGAGUCUUUAUCAUUUUGAAGAGGAUUUUGAAGAAUUGUAAUUGACAAUAAAAUGAAGUUCUCAACUGCGAAUAUAUCUAGUUUUUAUCUGACCUCUAACGAUACCCAACAAUGCAGUUUCUAGCAAAAGUAAUCGUCGCCUUGGCAGUUUUGUUACUAUUUAGUUGCCGAUUCAAUUCGGCUUUGCCUACGGAUGCUGCAAAAAGUGGAUUUGAAAAGCCGGACCUCGAAGAUAGCAACAUUCAAGCUGCGGCAAAAGGAAUUAUCGAUGCCCCCAUCGUAUGUCCAGCCGGUCAAAUGGUAGACCAUCGUGGGAAAUGCCGUGAAGCUUGGUCAUUCUAGUGAAGUUUUAAAUGCAACUUUUAAAAUGAAUUUUUGAAACAUAAUAAAAGAUUAUUUCAUCAUUCUUCACUA